AAACACUUGUUAUUUUACGAGAGAGGAACAAAUAGAAAUAAAACAAAAAUAAUCUCUUAUCUUGAAAGUCGAGUGAAACUAUAAAUGCAAAAGAAAGUGGAAUUUAUUAAGUGUUUGUAAAUUGUGCCAUAGAAGAUAUCACAAUAGAAUUGCUCUCGUAUAUAAAUAAACAAAAUAGUGAUUUUUAAAUGCACAUAACCUCAUCUAUACUUUUCUUGGUCAAAAUUCUGAACAAUAUAUAUUUUUAUUAGUCAUUACAACCAAUUUACGCAUACUUUUGUGCACUUUGCAAUUACCUAUUAUUAUUAAAAUGAUAUUGUAGUGCGUCAGUUUAAUAAUUUGUAUAGAACAAUAAAAUCUACACAUACAUAUGUAGAUCUGUCAUAUUGACACUUGUGUGAGAGUUUAUUAUUAUUCUUUUUUGUAAUAAUGAUAUAAUUUCAAUUGAAUGGAAAUAAAUUCUUAUUAAGAAUUCAGGAAGAUGAAAUAAAAGCCAUGAACUUUUGUUCCUGCAAAGUUCAAACAAUUUAAUUGUCAUUAAAUAUAAAUGAUAUAAAUUACAAUGGCUUCAGAGGAUGACGUUUGUUGGUAUCAUGAAAAUCUGUCUCGUGAGGAUGCUGAAACAUUACUCCAAGAGGAUGAGCGGGGAAAUGGUACAUUCCUAGUUCGGGAGAGCAGCUCAUCGUCAGGAGAUUAUGUUUUGUCGGUACUUCAUAAAGGACAAGUGAUUCAUUAUCAGAUUCGAAAACAUGGAGAAGAUGCAUUUUUUUCAAUAGGAGAUGAAACUACAAUUCAUGGAUUGGAUACGUUAAUAGAGUACUACCAGGAAGAUAAUCAUGAACUAGAGAUUAAAUUAAAGGCACCAAUAAAAGGUGUCCCUCCACCUCACGACGUCAGGAGACACGGUCGAACAAAUUUAUUGCACAGAGCUACAAUUCAACAAAAUUAUACGAUUGUCUCGGAAUUAUUGAAAUGUGGAUACAGAAGUUUGGAAGCGAAGAAUCAAUUAGGGCAGACAGCCGUCCAUCUGGCAGCUAAGGACGGUGCUGAUGAAAUUCUCAAAAAACUUAUUCAAAACAAAGCGAGUGUGAAUUGUCGAGAUUCCGCUGGCUACACGCCUCUUCAUUACGCCUGUCAAAGUAGUCUUCCAAAUACGGUACGAAUUCUUAUUUUGGGAGGAGCUAAUGUUCAGGCGCGUCACACUGAAACAGGAAUGGUUCCCUUGCAUGAAGCAGCGAGUCGGGGGCAUAAAGAUGUGAUUGAAGUUCUACUUUCUCUGAAUGCGCCUGUUAAUCCAAGAACUUUGGCUGACGAUGUUCCUGCCGAUCUUGCUAAACGCAAUGGCCAUUCUGAAUGUGAAAAGUUUUUGCGUAAUUAUCAGCCACCGAGUCCAAAAGAAAAAUUGAGCGAUUGGUAUCAUGGAACUUUAGACAGAACAGAUGCGAUUCGUCUCUUACGCGAAAACGGCGACGUUGACGGUUCAUUUUUAGUUCGAUUGAGUUACAGAAAUGGGGGAAUGUUCGUUCUUUCUGUCAUGCAUCACAAGCAUCCGUAUCAUUUUCAAAUUCAGAAAAAAGAUGAAUUUUUGUUUAUCGACAACGGACCGUACCUUUCAUCAUUGGAACACGUUGUCGAGUAUUAUCGCUGCAUUCCAGACGGACUUCCUUGUCCUUUACAUCAUCCGAUGAAACCUGGACCAAAACCCCCAAUUCCCAAGAUGCCGCCUUCGAUAUUUAACGGGAGUACUUUAAAAAAGAAAAAGGAGGCAACUGUGAAAAAAGGAUUUUCCGAUUCAGUAAUGAGUCAAACUUUACCGAAACGCUUCCAUACGAGCAAAUCCCUCGAAACGACAGAAUCACUUCAGGAAAAUUUACCACACUCGGCGUUCACCACACUUCCUAGACGAUCGUCCCCUGGAACUGUUUCGCCGAAACCUGAAAUCGAACCUAAUCAUAAAGGUUUUAUUCCAUUUGAGAAACUUAUCCUGGGUGAAAUGUUAGGCGAAGGAGAAUUCGGAGCGGUUUAUCAGGGUGUUUAUAAAUCAGUUCCGAAUAAUGAAGAGCCAGUGGCGAUAAAAACACUUCGUGAUUCUUACAAUAAUGCACCAAGGGAGGAAUUUUUGAGAGAAGCUCGCCUCAUGAUGACUCUUAAUCAUCACUGUAUCGUUAAAUUAAUUGGAUUCUCCGACGGACCGCCUUUACUAAUGGUUCAAGAACUCGUUUCCUUGGGAUCAAUGUUGGCGUAUCUUUUAGAAUUUCCCGAUCGCGUUAGUCCUCAAUAUGAAUUGAAAUUGUGGGCCUCCCAAAUAGCUUGUGGUAUGAAAUAUUUAGAGGAAAUGCGUCUAGUUCACAGAGACUUGGCAGCUAGAAAUAUUUUAUUAGCCUCUAGGAAUCAAGCUAAAAUUAGUGAUUUCGGAUUGUCGAGAACCUUCGGUUCAAGUGAUUAUUAUAAAGCUUCAGCUGGCGGAAAAUGGCCGAUUAAAUGGUACUCACCGGAAUCGUACAAUUUUGGAAAUUUCACCCACGCAAGCGAUGUUUGGAGUUACGGUGUUACUUUAUGGGAAAUGUUCUCUUAUGGCGAGCAACCUUAUGGUGAUCGACGUGGUGUUGAUGUCAUUCAAUUAGUGGAAAAAGGCGAGAGACUUCAAAAACCCGAAACUUGUCCCGAUGAUGUUUACAAAAUAAUGCAACAGUGUUGGUCGUACGAACCUGAAUUACGUCCAACAUUUAAAGAUCUUUUAGAAAUAUUCAGUAGCGAUCCUGAUUACGCAAAUAUUAAGGAACUCGUCUCAGAAGUUGAUAUCAGCUGAUAAAAACUUUUGUUCUUAUAACUAUUCUGACUGAUCUACUUUUGUUACAUAGAAAAGGUAUCGAUUCUUCUUGUAAUUUUAUCUCUUCUUUCACUCGUUAGAUCAACAGGACUUUUACCAUAUUUUUUUUUCAAAGAAGGCCAUAAAAAAAUUAUUUAACAUAAAAUUAUAUUUUUUAAAUAUUUUAUUUUUACUGUUACUGUUUUUAUAGGACGUUAAAUAAUCGAUUUACAUUAAAAAUUUUUCCACUAUUUGUUAAAAAUAUUUUUAUAAUGCAUUUUUAAUAAUUGAUUUGAUAUAAGAAAAUAUUUCUAAAAUUAUAACUAGAUAUUUCUUAUAUUAUAUAUUGAAACUAGAUUCUUAAAUUUCGAGAAAGGAAAAAAUUACAAUUUUAUGUUUAAAAAUAUUUAUUAAGAGAGCAGGAUUUUAGAGGAUGUUUUUUGAUAUAAUUAUAGUUCAUGGUAUUCAUGACUACAAAUUUAUAAACAUUUAUAUAAUAAAUAUAUA